AUGAAGGUCUCUGCAGCUGGAUUGUCUCUUCUCCUUAUUUCAGCCUCCUUCUCCCAAACUUUCUCUGGUCCAGCUGGACUCGACAUUCCAAUCUGCUGUUUCACAUAUAGACAGCAGAAACUCCCAUGGAAGCUCAUCCAGCGUCAUUACAUCACCAGCAGCAGUUGUCCCCAGCCAGCCAUCGUGUUUGUCACAAAGGAAGGCCGCCAGGUCUGUGCCAAUCCCAAAACCACCUGGGUCCGAAGCUACCUGCAAAUCUUGGAGCAGAACUGAGCUAAGCAG